UAAAUCAUUCUUGAAGAUUAAUGUCGAAACACAUUUAUGUAAGUAUUAGCUAAGGGUAAUUUGUCUGCAAAGUUCAAUCUUCGAUCACAUCUGUAUCAUGUGGUCGAAAAUAGCAAGUUAUUAUUGGCCUCGAUUUAAUCCAUCAAUCCAUUAAAGUCCAUCAGUUAAGUAAAUAACAAACCUCAUAUCUCCCUGCCAUCGCUGCCUCCCUCUGAUGGCCUUGUUUGGGAAGACCUGCGCUCAUCCAGUGAACGAAGUCUGAUCCAUAAUUCAGACUGGUGACCUCCAAGUCAGACCACCUCCCUCUUACGUGUGAGGUGAUGCAUCGCCUUUCGGUAUCCGUCGUAUCGACUCGGAGGAUGCAACGUUUACGUGACGCGGUCCAGGUUGGCAGAAGAACCGUGAGAUGUUUCCAUGCGGAUGAAACGUGAAUGGCAGAAGGCGGGGCAGACUACAUCGAGAGCCCUCCCUCCCAGCAGAUAGACGUAAACACUGACCUGCCUGGUCAUGCUUCACACUCAACACGCCCGCCUCGUCUCUAUCUAGCUCUGGAAGGAUGCACCAGGAGUAAGACAUGUGGUAGGUGAUGAAAAGAAGAGGGUUCAAGGUAGAAAUGCACGUUGCACGGAUAUUCUUCUCCGGGAUUGUGCGAUGACUCCGUCUGGAUGUAGCGGUAAGUAAGUGACUGCGGCGGGCAGAAGUGUGGACCGUAAACUGGACUGUAACACAUCCCCCGGUGUGGACUGCAAAACAUCCCGGUGUUGACCGUAAGGUGUGGACCGUAUCACAUCCCGGGAUCAGAGACCGGGCCCCGGUGUCGACCGUAAGCAAACCUAGGGUCUGCUGGAUUAUCCAUCAGGUCGGGCUGAAGGCUUUCUCUACCUGACGAGACGAUCCGAGGUGGGUCCAGUUUUCUUUUGCACUAAAAAAGUGAUGUUGAUCGAAGCUCACCUAUGAGUGUGUGUGUGGGAGGGUAUCACCCCAGAAUGGUUGGUAGUGGUAUGAACAGCCAACACAUCUUGUCAAGUUCGGAUCGAGACCUACGACAUGAUCAGACAGUUCUGUAGGCUCUACCUCCUCCAGACCCUCACUCAUCCUGAGGCCUUCAAGAAGAUGUGAACACCUGCCUUGUUUCACUACUGUCUCACUGGGCUCAUAAGAUUGGCUUGUAGGCUUUACUCAAAUGUGGUGGUUCAUGGCCGCCCUCAGCACUGUCACCGACCACCACCACAGGACAGCUGGGAGGAACAGUACUGUUGUCACUACCACCACCACCACAGGACGGCUCGUAGGACCAAUACUGUCGUCACCACCACCACCACCACCACCACCACAGGACGGCUGUUACGACCAGUACUGUUGUCACCACCCCCACCACCACAGGAUCACUGGCAGGACCAGUACUGUUGUCACCACCACCGUAUGAUCUCUGGUAGGACCAGUACUGUACGCUGACACCACCCCAGUGAAACCAUGGGAGCCAAGCACCCAAAAGGCCCCAAGGAAGGGGGGGGUAGCCCUCAGCACAGCUGGAGGCGGACCCCAACCAAGGAGCGUGGCGGGGGAGGGGACAUCCUGGCCCUGCUGCGGUCGGGGGAGAGGCUGAACCGGGGGCCGCCCCCCCCGCCCUACCAGAGACGCAUCGGCAUGAUCCAGGAGAUGAUGGGCAUGGCCAAGCAGGGCCGACAUGACCAGGCCACCGAGGUGCUGAAGAGCCUCAGACAGGACCUGGGCAUGGAGUCCACCUCUUUGGAUGACGUUCUUUACCGCUAUGCCAGCUUCAGGAACCUGGUGGACCCCAUAACACACGACCUGAUCAUCAGCCUGGCGCGAUACGUGCACUGCCCACGCACGGAGGGGGACUCCCUAGGGGCCAUGGAGAAGGUCUGUCGUCAGCUGACCUACCACCUGAGCCCCCACUCCCAGUGGAGGAGACAGGGCCUGCUCAAGAGGAAGCCUCAGGCCUGUCUGAAGCUGGUGCUCUCAGCCCCGCCCCCCAGCGCCCUGGACCUAUCAGGCCUCCCGUUGGCAGCGAGGGACAUGGAGCGCCUUUGCGGCCACCUGCGGCGCCACGCGGCCAGCAUGGUCAGCUUGGAGAUGGGCUUCACCGAGCUCACAGACGAGGCCUUCCUGCUGCUGCUGCCCACGCUGGCCGGCCUGCCACACCUGGAGACCCUGGCUCUCAACGGAAACCGGCUGACCAGGGCCGUGCUGAAGGAGCUCACCGACGCCCUGAAGGACCCUGGGAGCUUCCCCAGCUUGACGUGGAUCGACCUGGGCAACAAUGUGGACAUCUUCUCCCUGCCGCAGCCCUUCCUGGUCAGCCUGCGGAAGCGCUGCCCCAAGCAGGGCAACCUGCCCACCAUCCUGGAAUUCGGGAGAGCCAAGCCAGUGAGCCCCCUGACCGCGGGCCGGACAGGAGGAGAGGAGGAGGGGGCGACGGACGACGAGGCCAACCGCACAGAGAGCAUGGACGAGCUGCGGUCGGAGGUGGAGGAGGAGAUGGACGGGGAGCUAGAGAUAGAGGAGAUGAUGGAGGAGCUGCUCGACUUUGACCGUGAGGCGAGAGGCCCUGAGGACGAGAUGAGGAGGAGGAGCAUGUGGACCCUCGAGGAUCCAGGGAGAGGAGGAAGGGCUGGGAGAGGACGCAGAAAGAAGGCUCUGAAGGCUGACAAGGAAGACGACACACAGAGCCACUCCUCACGCCUGUCCUUCUCCAGCCAAUCGCAGCUCUCCUCUUCCGGGGCCGUCGGGCCAAUGAGAGUGGAGGCCGAUGACCUGGGGGACGCCGCCAAGCAAGUGCAGCAUUUGACCUGAUUGCCGUGGUCCCGUGGUCCGUAGAGACUACAGAGCUCUUCUAGAGGAGCUCCCAUAGGGAUGUAGAACAUUUCUCAUGUUCCAGGUCCACUGGGGUACCUUGUGGACAGAAGAACCUAGUGGAAGGUGGGACCAAGCUUUGUACGGUGGGCUGCUCUGCCACCUAUCAGGAGGGGCCCUAGGAACUGUGGCUCAUAAGGCCGUUUGCUGAUGACUUGUGGCUUGUUUAGGUUUGCAGACACCAAGGAUUCCAAGAGUAGAACAGGACUUCCAGUGUUAAUAUAAAGCUUGGGUAAACCAGGUAGAAUGUUCCCUCUGCCAUGUGUAACAUUAAUAUUCCUUUCCUGCAGGUGGAGGAAUACCCAUGUGCCUGUGAAAUUUUAUUAUCGUGUGAAAGUGAUUAAUAUCUAAA